AUGGCUUACGCAAACCCCGACUUCUUUGUCGAGUCCGACGAGCCUCAGUACUCCCGCGUCCCCUCCAAGGAGCACCUCAAGAUGUUGGCACGCAACCGCCAAGCAAUGAUUGGCGAGGAGCUGUCACGUCUUGCUAGUGAGGAGUACCUCGAGGAUAUCAUGCAGCAUCUCAGCUACAUGGAGGACGAGACACUGCCCGACGUUAACCUGAUCGAUAUGCAGCGCGAGAUUCAGUGGUUCAUGAGACCAUUCCUCAUUGAUUUCCUGAUUGAGGCCCACGCCGCCUUCUCGCUUCAGCCUGAGACCCUGUUCCUGUCUAUCAACCUGCUGGACCGCUACUGCUCCAAGCGUGUUGUCUACAAGCAGCACUAUCAACUCGUCGGAUGUGCCGCUCUGCUGAUUGCUGCCAAGUACGGCGACAAGAAGGACCGUGUACCCCAGAUCAACGAACUGAACAACAUGUGCUGUGGACUGUACGACUCGGGCAUGUUUACUCAAAUGGAAAUGCACGUUCUCAACACUUUGGAAUGGAUCAUUGGUCACCCCACCGUCGAUUUCUUCAGCCAAUUGAUUGUUGCCGAGGAGGGAGACGACCGUGAGGUAGAGCACAUGGCCGCCUACAUCUGCGAGAUUGCCUUGUACCACCGCGACUUUGUCUCGACUAAGCCUUCAAUCAUGGCUAGGGCUUCCCUGACCUUGGCUCGAGCUAUCCUGUCGCGACCCGAAGUCAACGACGGAGAAUGGGACCCCACCUCGUCCAGCACCCUGCGCACCCUUCUGCAGCACCUCCACCAGCCUUCGGCAACCCUGACUAGGAAGUACUCGGCACUGAACAUGUCCAGAGUCGCUGUCACCCUGACAGAGUUCCUGGCCCACCAAGCUGCCAUUUCACGCCGUGCAGAGCCACCGACUCCCCCGAGCGAGCAGGUCUUGGCUGCCAAGCCCGGCAACAUUUACAGCACACCUCAGAAGGGACACAGCGCCGCCGUUGGUGUGGCUGAAGGCUACAUGACACCGCCCAUUACCCCGGAUGGUAUCAACUUUGGUGUCACCGACCCCAUGAACAAAUACGUUCCUCCCAGGUGCCCUGUUACCCCGACACCUCCGGCCUCUCAGGCAUCGGUCUACGCCCCUCAACAUGUACAACAAUACUCGGCAUACUCUCAAGAUGAGUACAGUGGUCAUAUGAUGACCCACUAG